AACUAUGCUGUUAGCGGAAGUAGCUGCAGGAUGAUGGCUCCUGCUCCUGACAGCAGCGACUCCCCCUGCGCCUGUAAAGGCGUCCGCCGCUGUCUCGUGUGUGAACAGAUUAAGGGAACGUGUCAAUUGGAGCCGAGUGUUCCUGAGGUUGUGCAUCAUUUUCUCUACAAUCCUGAGACAAGACUGGCUGUUUGCGAGGAUGCAGAGGCUUUGUCCUUCCCCUUUCCUGGUGUCUUCCUGUGGGAGAACUUCAUAUCAGAAGCAGAGGAGAAGGCCCUGAUAAGCUCGAUAGACCAGGAUGUUUGGAACCAGUCCCAGUCUGGGCGAAGGAAACAGGACUUUGGUCCAAAAGUGAACUUCAAGAAAAAGAAAGUACGUGUGGCUGGCUUCAGUGGACUCCCUGCUUUAAGCCAAAAACUAGUUCUCAGGAUGCAGCAGGAGCCAAGCCUGUCAUGCUUCCAGCCAGUGGAGCAGUGCAAUCUGGAUUACCAUCCUCAGCGGGGCUCUGCCAUCGACCCACACCUCGACGACUCCUGGCUUUGGGGGGAGCGCCUGGUCACCAUAAACAUGUUAUCAAAUACCACUCUCACCAUGUCGCUUGAACAGGGUCUUCCUGAGCUGGGACUCGGAGGGGAUGUCCAGGUAGCUGUGCAUCUCCCUCGCAGAUCUUUGCUGGUGUUGUACGACGAGGCACGGCACAGGUGGAAACACGGCAUUCACAGGGAGGAUGUUCAUGAGCGUAGAGUUUGCAGCACCUACAGAGAGCUGUCUGCAGAGUUCUUACCUGGAGGGCAGCAGGCAGAGCUGGGAGCGCAGCUGUUAAAGAUGGCUUUGAGUUUUCAAGGAACUCCAAUAUGAGCUGAUCUGAUGAUGGCACUGGAAAACUGCACAACCAGAGAGGGGAGUCUGGACUACAUGGACAAGUCUUGAACGUUUUUUCGCAUUGAAACAGAAUGAAGAUGUCCUUCCCAAGGCUGAAGGCUUGAAGUUUGAACCUGUGACUCAUCUCCAAAUUCAACAGUUAACAGAGGAUACACAACACUGUAAUCGCCAGUUCCUCUCCUCUACAAGUUGACCAGUGCACAGUCGAUUUUUUUAUAUGAAUAUGAAUGUGAAGAUUGCAACAGAUACAUGUGCUGCUUCUGUAGUUUAAAACCAAGGAAGUGCAUAGUGUCUUGACUUGUGGACUUGACUGCUGUUAUUGAUUCCCUUUUGUCCUGUGGCUGUUUGACUAAGUUUGUCCCAGUUAAUAUUUUGACCUGAACACUGUUUGUCCAAAAGCAAUUGAAGGCACUCCAGGUUUGGUUUGACCUGUGAGUCAACGGUGCUCCAGAGAUUUGAGGCGCUGAUUGGUUUAAAUCUGCUCAAUGAAUAAGUCAAACGUAAAAUGUAUUGACGUCCACAAGUUUGUCAAAAUGCAGAUAAUGCAUUGAAAUAAGAAAGAGAAAAAAUAAAUUUGAAUUUUCUCUCUCAGGUGUUUGUUCCAACAUGACCUUCGAGAAAAGUGUCAGUUUAGAACGCCGUCUAUCAGGUUGAGAUAUAGUGAGUGUGAACGAACAAUAAUAAUAUUCAUGUCAUUUCAUACUCCUCAAACGAUUUAGUGAGCCAUUGAGUCCAAUAUGGGAGCUCCUGUGUACAUGUUAUAAUCUCAUUAACAUCAUACACAUGGCAACAUCCUCUGCUGACAUCUGUGGUGUCGAUUCUCUUGCAAGUACUGGUUGUUUCAUCAGAAAGAUUUCCCAUUUCCUCUUUAAACUGCCAAUGUGAUGAAACAGGCAAAAAAUAGUUUUUGUGUCCUUGAAUUAUAUAAAUUUAGUGAUUUCAUUAUUUUUUUAAUCUUGCUCUUCACAAAUGUAGCUGUUAAUACUUUUAAUAACAAAUAAAUUAUUUUUCAUGCGUUUAA